AUGUACAUAGUCACCGCAGGCACACCACACACUCAGCCGGAAUCUGCAUUUUAUCUUUUUCGCUGGCCUUCAGCUCCUCAAACGAUCAACGUGGACAAUAACUAUCUCCUCCACUCCACUGAGCUCUCACCACCAGGAUUGAUCAACUCAUGA